CCUUCACUCCUGCACGAGAGACAAGUCGGAGAGCACAUCUGAUUAUCCGCAAGCAGAUCUGAUUUUAGCCAUUUGAAAUGGUGGCGCAAUCUGAGUGUUCAGUGAAGUCAAAUCUCUUCAAUGGGAAAAAGGUGUCCAAACCCUUAAUGGAAAAGAAGAGACGAGCCCGCAUAAACAGAUGUCUGGAUCAACUGAAAACCCUGCUGGAAAACUACUAUACCAAUAAUAUCCGCAAGCGAAAGCUUGAAAAAGCAGACAUUCUUGAACUGACAGUGAAACAUCUGAGGAAUCUUCAGAAAAUACAGCAUGGUCCCCCUGUCAACGCCAAAUGUUCUGAGUACCAAGCGGGGUACAGAAGUUGCUUGACCGGAGUGAAUCAGUACUUGCUGAUGGCGGACAACUCGAGCGCAAGCACCUGUUUAAACCUUCUGUCGCAUACAACGGGCAACAUUGUCGCAGCCGGGGAGGCGACUAAAGUUUCCAGUACCUCGGACAGCGACACCGCAGCGGCAUCGCCGGGAAACGUUGCGCUGCCUCCUCGCCAAACCACCGAGUUGAGUCAGGCGUUUUCCACACUUUGCGACCCGCAACGUGCCCAGACGUCCCCAAGAUCAUGCGUAAAUAUGCGCAGUGUGCCAAUAUCAGCGGAGAGGGUGAAAGGGGAUGGUGAGAAAAUCAAGGGACGGCGCUACUCUGGCAACACCUCGCAUAACUUCGACAACGGAGGCAACGGACUUUUCAAAGAUGUAUAUCCCAGAAAUAAGUGCCAUACUGAAGGCCAAAAUUAUAAUGUAUUGGUUAGAGUUAUAUCGCCGAGCUACUGGCGUCCUUGGUAAAAUCGAGUUUUGCCUCAUCGAUGA